AUAGACACUAGUGAUGCUAGGUGAUUUCAGUAUUGCUGGGUUCCUGACAUCAGACUGUUCAUGAGCCUUAACAUUUCUCUACCCUGAAACCCAGAAUCAGGAUGAGCCUACCAGUUCUCUACAUUGCAGUUGAGAAGCACAAUAAGGCUGCUGAUCUUUGGUAGAUGAGCUUACUGCAGUGGAGCCCAGCUGAAGAUCAUUAUUCAAUUUACCACCUCUCUCCACACUCCAGUGAUCUGCCUGCAUCAGAAGCCUCAGGAAAGGGCUGAAAUGUCAUCGGAAAAGGCUCAGCUCACACACCUAAAGCAGAUCCUAAUUAACCUGAUAUCAGGUGCCAUGGGUGGCGUGGCUUGUGUGGUCAGUGGGCAGCCAUUUGACACCGCAAAGGUAAAGAUGCAGACUUUCCCAACUAUGUACCGAGGGUUUGUGGACUGUGCUGUGCGCACAUAUCACGCAGAGGGACUACGUGGUCUGUAUCAUGGAACCACUCCUGCUCUUCUGGCAAAUGUAGCAGAAAAUGCUGUGCUGUUUGCAUGUUAUGGCUUCUGCCAGAGUCUGGUGUCAAGUUGCCUAGGUUUGCAAGAUCCAUCACAACUCAGUGACUGGCACAAGGCAACUGCAGGCUCUCUAGCUUCUGUGUUCUCCUCCUUGGCCCUUUGUCCUACAGAGCUUGUAAAGUGCCGAAUACAGACACAGCAUGAGAUGCGCUUGUCUGGCCACAAAGACAUACCACAAAAAAGCACGCCUUGGUCAGUGGUCCGUGCUAUAAUGAGCUCAGAAGGCAUCCCUGGUCUAUUUCGUGGUCUAAGCAGCACUUGGCUGCGGGAGAUUCCAGGAUAUUUCUUCUUUUUUGGUGGCUACGAGCUGAGCAUCGACAUCCUAAGCCAAAGACAAAGCAGCAAAGAUCUCCCAGGUGCUCUAGUUGUGACUGUCAGUGGCGGUGUGGGAGGGGCUUGUUUCUGGCUUUCAGUUUAUCCGGUGGACUCUGUUAAGUCACGUAUUCAGGUUCUGUCAUCGGCCCCACAUUCUAAGGGCUUCAUGGUUUCCUUGCUUCACAUUUUGAGAACUGAAGGAUUCUACCCUCUAUACAGCGGACUCAUGCCCACAGUCGUCAGGGCUUUUCCUUCCAACGCCGCACUCUUUCUUGCCUACGAAAUGACCAAGAGGACUCUAACAGACUAUUGCUGUGCCCCCAUCUGAACAGUAUUCGGGUCCACCCAGCACUGAGUUUACAUUUCUUCAUGUCUUAUCCCAUUGCCCUUUUUCACAGCAGCAAUAAUUUCAUUAUCUUAUAGCGUAUCCGUCAAAUUAUUAUAUAUUAUAUCAUUUAUCUUUUUCAGUUGUAAGUUUAUUGUAUUGAUACCUUGAAAGAUCUCCCCAUUUCUGUAUUGCAGUUCUAUAUAUAUAUUUCAGUUUUGGCAUAACUUGAUCACUUUUGUAUAAUAAAUGUUUGAAA